CAAACAGAACAAACAACAAAAAGGAAUUAGAUACAAUAAUAACCAGAGAAUUCAGCAACUUGUAGCACCGAGAAACAUUACUCAACACAAAACUAAUAACAAAUUUGACAGUCCGUUACUGUAACCAGGCAACAACUUCCAAAGCAAUCUUCAAUCAAUACUUAAAAACAAUGAAAUCUAAAAAACAGUAUACCUGGAAAGCAAGAAACAAAAUAGAUAAUUGUAAUGUCAUUCAUUCAUUCAUAAAUCGUGCAAUCAAUAUCACACAUCCGUUUCGAUUAACUAUUAAUUUAUUACCCGGAAACGGAUAUUCAACUAAUAGAAUCAGCAAAUUAUUCAAUCGGCAACACGUUCUGCAAUGAUCAGUUCUGUUCGUUCGAGUGGGCGAUUAGUUAAGAGUUGAUGAUGGAGAAUAGAAGUUGAGAUAAUUACCAGAGGUUUUUGGAUGCUGACCGAAGCGAGUGCACCAGAAAACUGUAGCGGCAGUUUUUGUGGGUCCAAUUUUCUGGAAAGCCGUGGUGAGCCAGUGAGCCGUGGAAAGCCGCAAUUUUUCAGGUAGAAAGCGGAAUUAGAGAGCAUGCAAAGGAUAAACCGCAAAAAGCUGGACCGCGGAAAUGUGUAUAUAAAAGGAGCGCGCUUGCACAACGAGCGCAAUCAGUUCCACGGAGCGACGAAGAUGAACAAAUUACUCGCAGUUCAAGUGUUGGCGUUUACAUUGUGCUCGGUGUAUGGGCAACAUCUUCAGGAGGCAGCGCAACUAGCUGAGAGCGGAUUGACCGGAGCCGUGCAGGCAGGAAGCAAAUACUUCCAAGAUAUAUACGCAGCUCAGGUGUCGCCGGAGUUGUUGGAGUUUGGGCACGUUCGUGAGACGGCCGACGAUUGGGAGCAGCGAUUCGAACAGAUCAAUUUGAACAGUCUGAAGCAGCGCGGAAAGGUGAGAUGGGGUGAUAAGAAUGGUGGAUACGGAGAGCACUAUUGGGAUUACAACCAUGCCGGUGGACACGGUGCCGAUGGUCACGACGAAGAGGAAUCCCAGAAUCACGAAUCUUACGAACCGUACGAGGAGGAGGUGGAUGAGCAGGAAAGUGGUAAAAGGCAGAGAAGAGCGCACGAAGAAGUCGAGCUUGUCGAUCAUCCCAAAGUGAGCAGAUCCUUGAACCAGAAGCACGGAGGAAACUAUCGCAAACUGCAGGGGAACUACGAAAGAACCAGGCGUCAGAAUGCUUAGUGAAUAAGAAAUCAGAAGAUUGUUAACUAGUUUUAUAUAAGUUCAUUUUUGUACGUUUAAAUAAUAAAUUAAUUUCAAACGAG